AUGGAGAGGGCUGCCGAGGAGCAGAGGCGUAUAGAGGAGCAGAAGUCGGCCAAGCCAGCUCAGGUGGCCAACCUGGCGGAUGCCCUGAAGGGCUUCCUGAAGCUGUCCAGCGGAGAGCAAGGCGAAGGGGUCACAGACGUCAACGGGCGCCCUCUCGACGGCGACAGUGCUUUGGCGAAGGGAGCGCACGCGCUGUUGUCGCUGUUCGAGGGCGAGGCAUCAGAGGCAAAGCCUGACUCGGAAGACGUCCUUGCCGCAGGUUCCUUCCUGUCUUGGGCGGCGCAGGGCGAGGCGAAGGUUCUCAAGGGCGGCUCGCCGAUCACUGUUUGCGGCGAGGAGACCGGUUGCAGUCUGUCCGACGCGGCGCGGGCCUUCGCCGAGUGGGCAGCCGACAAGUCCUCGAGCAAGCCAGCGUUCGCCGAGGCUCUCGCCCUCGCGGUGGAGGCUGCACCGGCAGUCCAAACGCUGCAGCAAUCUGCGCUCGGCAACCCAACUGUCAUGACCACGGCCCCAUCAGCCGCACUUGUGCAGGAACAGCCGCCUCCCGAGACGGCAGAUCAGGUGGCCAACCUGAGAGAUGCCCUGAAGGGUCUGCUGGAGCUGUCCAGCAGAGAGGAGGACGAGGAGGUCACAGACGUCGACGGGAACCCUAUCGACGCCAACUGCGCCUUGGCGAAGGGCGCGCACGCGCUGCUGUCGCUGUGCGACUUCCAGACGCCUGAGGAGAGCCCUGAUCCAGAAAAGGUCCUUGCUGGCGGAUCCUUCCUGUCCUGGGCGACGCGGGGCGAGGCGAAGAUCCUCCAGGACGGUUCGCCCAUUACCGUUUGCGGCGUUGAGACCGGGAUCAGUUUGACCGAUGCGGCGCGGGCCUUCACCGAGUGGGCGGCCGACAAGUCUUCGGAGAAACCCCUGUUCGCCGAGGCCCUCGCGCUGGCUGUGAACAUGCCCAGGCCAAUCAUCGGGACGAAGCAUGGCCCCCGCAAGGCCCGGAAGCUCGCUGCUGUGGGCCACGCGGCGAUGGCACUGGGAGAACUCCGGGCGCGGGCAACUACGCCGAUCGCGUCGGUGACCAGCAUCUCGCCGCUCGAGGCCCUGCUCGGCGCCGUGAGAGCCUUCCUGAGGCCACCAGGCGGGGACGAGGCCGGCAGGGCAGGCCAGGACCUCUCCGCUGGCGCCGAGGCACUCGUGGCCUUGGCCUCCGAAGCGCACGUCCUCGGCAUGCAGGAUGGGUACAUCGUGAUGGCUUCUGACGCCAGUCCAGACCACGUCGGCGCUGCACUUGAUUUCUUGGAGUGGGCGCUGGGGCGCGGCGCGCCGCGGGUUAGCGCCGGCCCGACCUCCUCGUCCGCCGCCGAGGCCAGCGCCGACCUUGCGGGCGCCACCGAAGCCUUCCUGGCAUGGGCUUCGGUAGAAGAGGACGCGCUGGCCGACGGGGGCAAGAGCAGGCCGCCGCUCGCGAGGGUGCUGGCCGAGAAGAUGCGCAGGCGCAAGGAUGCGCGCAUGCGAGGCCGAGCGCCACCGCCAGAAGCCAUCGUCAAGCUCGACGACAUUCAGCCUCAGGAGGUUCAGGAGAACGAUGCUGGCGCUUUCUCGGAUCAGCCGGAAGCCGAGCCCAUCCCUGGCGUCCUGCAGAUGAACAGCAAGAGGAGCAAGAGCGUGCUCUAUUCUGGCGAGCAGGCGGUCUCCAUGGCGAGCCUCAUGGAUCUGCGCAGCCCGCACGGCCCCUCACCCCAAGUGCAGCAUCUGGUGCCCCUGACGGACUUUGCGUCGGUCGUCUUGGCGGCCAUGGGUCGGACCUCGGCUGGGCUGUCGGCCGUCACUCAGGCGUGGCGGCGCGCGAGCCUGAGCUCGGCUCAGGCUGUCGCGCAGGCAGUUCAGCAGCUGAGAGCCGCCAAGGACAGCGGCCCCGAGCUCGCGGCUGCCGUGGAACAGUGCAUGGUCCAGAGGUCGGCGGGCGGAGGCUCAACGCAGCAGCUGAGGGUGGCAGUGCAGGUGGAGGAGCUGCUGCAGAAGGAGGCCCCUGCCCACGAGGCCACUGCCCGCGAGGCCCCCGCCCGCGAGGCCCCCGCCCGCGAGGCUCCCGCGGGCGGAAGCGGCUCCGAGGACAUGCUGGCAAAGGUCUGGAAGCGCAUCGAUACGGACGGCAGCGGCUGGAUCUCAAAGUUGGAGUUCAUGGCGUUCGUCGCCGCCAUAAACCAGGACCCCGAGGUGACCGCGCUUGUCCUCCCAGACGUCGACGCCAGCUCGCUGCCCAGGUGCCGGCUGGACGUCGUUGCCGUGGACGCGGCCUUCGGCGCCAUCUCAGGCGGCAAGCCGCGAGUUCGCCACACGGAGUUCGUCGACCAUUUCCGCGAAGUCUGCAUUCUGAAAGACCUCUGGGGACGCAUCGAUGCGGAUGGCGGUGGCUUGAUCUCCAAGCUGGAGUUCAUCAACGCCGUCAACAAGGAUCCAGAGAUUGCCGAGCUCGUCCUCCCCGGCGUCGACACGAGGAUCUCGCUGCUCGACAGCGAGGAGAGCUUCGACGCCGCGAACGAA